AUGUUACGAAGACAAGCACGUUUGAGACGUGAGUACCUUUAUCGUAAAUCUAAAGAAGAUAAAAUAAAAACUAUUCAAGAGAAAAAAGAUAAGUUGAAAAAAAGUUUGGAAAACAACGUUCCAAUCCACCCUGACCUGAGGAAAGAUGCCUUGUACCUACAACGUAAACUGGACUGGGAAGAUGCUGGUCCAGAACGAGCAGUUGCCAUGGGAACAGAAAUGGGUGGGACAACUGGGACUCACGAAGAUGAUGAGUACCGUUGGGCCGGUGUCGAAGAUCCAAAAAUAAUGUUGACAACUUCACGUGACCCUAGUGCUCGUCUUAAAAAAUUCGUCAAAGAAGUCCGUCUUAUUUUUCCCACAGCUCAGAGAUUAAAUCGUGGUAACGCUGAGAUGAAAACACUGAUCGAAGUCUGCAGAGCUAAUCAAGUCACGGAUUUUAUUGUAAUUCACGAGCACCGUGGUGUUCCAGACCAUCUUGUUAUUUGUCACCUACCCUACGGCCCGACUGCUUACUUCACUCUGUCAAACGUCGUAAUGCGACAUGACAUUCCUGAAAUCGGUACUAUGUCAGAGCAGUAUCCGCAUUUAAUUUUUCACAAUUUUAAAUCGACGCUGGGUAUCAGGACGAUGAACAUCCUGAAGCACUUGUUCCCGGUACCUAAAGAAGACAGCAAACGUGUGAUGGCUUUUGCUAACCACGAUGACUUCAUUUCAUUUAGACACUAUACUUACAAGAAAUCCGGUGGGCAAGAUGUUGAGAUGACCGAAGUUGGACCCAGGUUUACAUUAAAAUUGUAUAAAAUAAAAUUAGGCACCAUGGAUUCUAUUGAGGCUGCCGACACUGAAUGGAACUUGGGGACUUUCAUGAACACCACGCAUAAGCGACGAUUUUUAUCCAACGAUGAUGGUUGGGAUCAAGAAGAUGAUUUUUAG